AUGGGCAAAAAAAUUUUUUUUUUAGGAUUCGCCAUUAUACUAACUAUUCUUGUGGUUGCGGUUGUUAUUUACACUUUUAUAAUAAAACGUAGAAGAAGAAGAAAAGUGGAUACUUAUGAUCCUAAUGAUAUUUAUAAGGGUACAGGAAUUAUUGCAACAAAGAGCAGCAAAGAUAAAAGAACUUCAGUUUUCAUUAGAUCAAUACCUUCACAAACAACUCAAAUUAAAAAAACAGAAAGUAGUAAUAGUUCUUUAACUGAAAGUUAUUCAUCUAUACCUAUAACUGUUUCUAAGCCACCGACACCACCACCACCAAUACCGAAGAGACCUCAAGUAGUAGUUGUUAAUAAUCCACCAGUACUUCAACCACAUGCAUCUUCUCAAAAUUUAGAAGAGACAAUUCAAUAUUCAUAUUCACCAGAUGUUCAUACACCUCCUAUACAAAGAAGUUCUCGAAGGGAUUCAUUAGAACAAAUUAACUCACCUUAUCGUAGUUCAAUGGAUCAAUCUACACUUCAAGAAGAACAUCGUCAUCACUCUUUCCCCACGCUUCCUCAAUUUUCGAGUUCUAGAGAACCUUCACCAAUAAGUCGUACUCCCCGUAUACGUCAUCCUCCUUCAAGAGAUGUAUAUCCUGAACCAAGAUUUUCAACUUCAAUUGAAUCAUAUCUUGAACCUGAAGUUUCAAGUAGUAACACACGAGGUAGAAGUGUUGAUAGAGAAUUCUCAUCUCGAUCAAUUAAUCGAGGAGGAGACGAAAUAGGAGAUUAUGAUCUACCACCGCUUCCAAGACGUUCAUACCCUCCUUCAUCAAGUAAUUCUCCAUCACCACCUCCAACGCCGCCAAGACCAUCAAGAAAUGAGAGUUCUCCCGGUCAACAACCUUUAAAUAGGGUUAUUGUUGGACGAAAUAGACGUCGUGGACGCGGUAAUAGUACUGGUAGUAAUCGGCGAUGA